AUGUUUGAUGUAAUUAUUAAUAAACAAGAUUAUAUUAUAAGUGUUACUGGGCAUACUGUAAUUCUCACUGGUUUUUAUGCUGUUGAUAUACCAGAUAGAACACUUUUAGUUACAUUCCAACAGGUUGAAGGUACUGAUGCAUUUGAUAUACACAAAAUUUUAGAAACAAUCAGUAUUAAUUUAGCAAAAAUUUAUAAUUGUAAAAUAUUUUAUUAUUUUCCAAAGAACACGUUUGCGUUAGAAAACAAACAUUUAGAUUUAAUGGUAUUAAAUAAAAUGGAUAUAAAAUAUUUUGAUGAAAAACAAUAUGAUUUAAACGCAUUUUGGUUGAAAAAAUGUGAUGAGAAUGAAAUGAUUAAUCGUAUUGAAUCAUCAACAUUAACUUGUAUGAUUUUGGAUAAUAUAAAAAAUGUUCCAGUUGCAUUUGGUCGAUUAUUCACACAGAUGGGUUAUUUAACAUAUAUAUCCGAUAUUUUAACGGCCGAAGAAUAUCAGUCAAAAGGAUUAGGAUCAUCGAUUGUUAAUUGUUUAUUAAAAGCAGUUAUGAAUGACACAGAGAAUAAACAUGGAUUAAUAUGUUUAUUAUGUGCUGAUAAAGGAGCAGGAAAGAUAUCGGCUCCAAAAUUGUAUUGCAAAUUUGGUUUCAAAUUUUUAAAAGAUGAUGAUAAGAAAAGCUCACUGUUUUUAGAUGCCCAGCACGAACAUGAUUAG